AUGGAUUCGGGAGACAACCUCACGGGCGCCCUGCCCUCGCCGCCCGUCCUACUCGCCCUCGCUGGCGCAGUGUAUUGGUGCGCACUUUGUUUUUAUCGACUGUACUUGCACCCCCUGGCCAAGUUCCCUGGUCCAAGGAUAGCGGCGGCUACCAGUUGGUACGAAGCUUAUUACGAGAUCGUGCUCAAGGGCCAGUACUCGCGGCAAAUCUCCAAGCUCCACGAUCAAUAUGGCCCUAUCAUCAGAGUCACACCCGAUGAGCUGCAUAUUCGGGAUCCCCGUUUCUUCGACCAGGUAUAUGGCAAGAAUCAGCACCUCGACAAGCAGGGAUGGGACAAGAGAUUUGGCUGCGCAGGAGGCCUGCUCACCACGGUGAAAGCGGGAGACCACAAGCGCCGUCGUGCAGCUGUUGCCCCAAUGUUUUCUCGUCGGUCGAUACUUGACUUCAUCCACAUCAUCUACCGUCACAUCGACACCCUCUCCAUUCGCAUGCAAGAAUUCGAAGCCCGCAAGGAACCACUCAAUCUCUCUCAUGCCUUCCCCGCUCUUACGGGCGAUAUCAUCAUGGACUACUUCUUCGGCUUCAACUACAACCAACUCAAGCACCCAGAAUUCGAAUCCUUUCACGACGCCUUCCUCAAGAUUGCCGGGACUGGACACGUGGCUACGCAGUUUCCCUGGAUCCUCCCUUUGAUGAACAGCAUCCCCGACAGUAUCACCGGGUGGUUGCAGCCUGCAGCAAAGUCAUUACUCAAAUUUAAGCGAGAUCAAUGGGAUCUCAUCGGCCGCACCCUCCGGGGAGAGACCAUCAAGUCCAACGAUGCCAAACGUACCAUCUUCCAAGAAAUUCUCUCUUCCUCCCUUCCUGCCCAGGACAAGACACAUCAAAGACUUGCUGAUGAGGCUCAAAUCAUCAUUGGUGGUGGUGUCGAGACGACUGCUUUUUCCCUAGCCAUCGCCUCGUUCCACAUCAUCAACACACCACGUAUCUAUGAGCGCCUGCACAGGGAGUUGGUGGAGAAGUUUCCGAAUCGUGCGCAGUUGGACUUGUUUACUUUGGAAAGUAUGCCAUAUCUCCGAGGGAUUAUCAUGGAGGCGGUACGAAUGGGUUAUGGGUUGAGUGCUAGGAAUCCAAGGACGCAUGCGGAGCCAAUUCAAUAUGGGGAGUGGAUUAUUCCGGCAAGGACGUGUAUUAGUAUGACUAUCCCUGAAGUCUCUCACGACGAACAGCUCUUUCCGAAUUCCCGCGAGUUUAUCCCAGAGCGCUGGCUCGACUCCCCCAAGACAUCUGAUGGCAUUCCACUAGAUCGAUUCAUGGUGUCAUUCGGCCGAGGAACGAGGAGUUGCAUGGGUAUCAAUCUCGCAUACACAGAAAUGUACCUCACCCUGGGCAUGAUGUUCCGCCGCUACGCCUUUGAAAUUCACGAAGCAGAUGUCACCGACGUUGAGAUUGGGCACGACUUCUUCAUCCCUGUUACUAAGCUAGACAGUAAGGGUGUGAGGAGGAGAAAGUUGGUGGUGGUGGCCAUGCGAGGAGAGAAGUUUUGGAGCUUCUUCAUAUGGCCCAAACUCCGCGAAUGA